GGUCAGCUCCGCGUGAGCAUGCACAGCUCGGUCCUCCUCGGUGGCUCACCGCCUGCCAGCUUCCAGCCGGAAGUCCCCCCAGGCAGACUGCGGCAUGAUCUCCAUCACCGAAUGGCAGAAGAUUGGCGUGGGUACCACCGGCUUCGGCAUCUUCUUCAUCCUCUUUGGAAUCCUCCUGUACUUCGAUUCAGUGCUCCUGGCCUUCGGAAACCUGCUGUUCCUGACGGGCCUUACCCUCAUCAUUGGCCUGAGGAAGACCCUUUCGUUCUUCUUCCAGCGGCACAAGCUCAAGGGAACCAGCUUCUUCCUGGGGGGCGUGGUCAUUGUGCUGCUGCGCUGGCCCCUCCUGGGCAUGUUCUUGGAGACCUACGGGUUCUUUAGCCUCUUCAAGGGCUUUUUUCCUGUGGCCUUCGGCUUCCUGGGCAACGCCUGCAACAUCCCCUUCCUGAGUGCGCUGUUCCGGAGGCUUCAAGGCACCAGCUCAAUGGUCUGAAGCACAGAGAUGAGCCCCUUGAACUUGGAUCAUUGGUUGAGGGGCUGGAAGGGGGCUGCAGGCCACCCCCACAGGUGCCCUGGCCAGCGCUGACUGCCUCCUGUCAUGUCUGGACCUGCCCAAGUCCAGAAGGAGAAACGGAACUGAGUGACUGACCUCGAAUCCCACGUCAACUCCAGGCUGCCGGGCCCGUCAGGAGCAGAGACCCAGGCCCCAUGGAGAGCGGACGGAGGCUGGCAUCCCAACCCCCUCCUGGGCGUAUGGGGGAAAGGGAAGAUUAAACCCCCAAGCGCUGUGUUCCCGA